AUGGAUGUCAAGGCGGCCCCCAACGGGGUGGCUACCAUCGAGGACCGGAUCCUGCGGAUCACUGGCUACUAUGGCUAUUACCCGGGUUACUCCAGCCAGAAAAGUACCUCCAGAUCAUCAGUUACUCGAUGUAAACCAGGGGCCAACUACCCCAGUUCCCACAGUGGUAUCAGUAGACAACUCUCCCCUCUUUCUGUCACUGAAGAUUCUUCUGCUCCUAUUUUUGAACUUCAGAGCCGAGGAUCCUCUGGAGUUUGCGGACACAGAGUCGAAAGGCAGAACAGAUCAGGGGAGGAUGGAACACAGACUCUUCCUGAGAACAGCAGUCAAGAAAACAGAAGCAAGGCUCGCUGCCGGUCCUGCACGUCCAUGGUCCUGAAGGCCGUCUGGGGACUCUUGAUCAUCUUGUCAGUGUCAUCAUCUUGGGUUGGAACCACACAGAUUGUGAAAAUUACUUACAAGAACUUCUACUGUCCAUUUUUCAUGACUUGGUUUUCAACAAACUGGAACAUUAUGUUUUUCCCAGUCUAUUAUUCUGGUCAUCUGGCCACUGCUCAAGAAAAACAAUCUCCGAUGAAAAAAUUCAGGGAAUGCAGUCGGAUUUUUGGUGAAGAUGGUCUGACAUUGAAGCUCUUUCUUAAAAGAACUGCUCCCUUUUCUAUUCUAUGGACUUUGACUAAUUACCUGUAUUUACUGGCUUUAAAGAAGCUGACAGCCACGGAUGUCUCUGCUCUGUUCUGUUGUAACAAAGCCUUUGUCUUCUUGCUGUCGUGGAUCGUGCUGAAAGACAGGUUCAUGGGAGUGAGGAUAGUUGCUGCAAUUAUGGCCAUUACGGGUAUCGUCAUGAUGGCAUAUGCAGAUAAUUUCCACACAGAUUCUAUCAUAGGAGUGGCAUUCGCAGUGGGCUCAGCCUCUACAUCUGCAUUAUAUAAGGUUUUGUUCAAGAUGUUUCUUGGAAGUGCCAACUUCGGUGAAGCAGCACACUUUGUCUCCACAUUGGGUUUCUUCAAUUUGAUCUUCAUCUCUUUCACCCCGAUCAUCCUGUAUUUCACCAAGGUGGAGCACUGGUCCUCAUUUGCAGCUCUGCCAUGGGGCUAUCUCUGUGGGAUGGCCGGGCUGUGGCUGGCCUUCAAUAUCCUGGUGAAUGUCGGCGUGGUGCUGACAUACCCAAUCCUGAUCUCCAUCGGGACAGUGCUCAGCGUUCCUGGAAAUGCAGCUGUGGAUCUCCUGAAGCAGGAGGUGAUAUUCAAUGUCGUCCGCCUGGCUGCUACCAUCAUCAUCUGCAUUGGGUUUCUGCUGAUGCUGUUGCCGGAGGAGUGGGACGAAAUUACCCUGAGAUUCAUCAACAGCCUGAAGGAAAAGAAGAGCGAGGAUCAUGUGGAGGACAUCACUGACUCCAGUGUGCACCUGCGGACCAGAAGCCGGGCCAAUGGGACUGUGUCUAUACCACUGGCUUAA